AGCCCACCAAACACAAUUACACAAACACCUCCGAGAGCUCCGAAACCGAAAGCCCCCUCACACGAAAACCCCACCAAACUCUUCUUCUUCUUCUUCCCCCAUUUUCCUCGCGUUCCCCUCGUGCCGCCCGCCUCCGCCGUCGCGUCCCCGCCGCCGCCGCCCGCCUUCCCCGAGGGGCGCAGCCGCGGAGCGCCCCACCCCCCCCCCCAUGGCCGCCUCGCUCGUCCACGCCGCGGCAGCCUCCGCCUCCCCCGCGCCGGCCGCCCGCGUGGGGGCCUUCCACCCGCUCGCCUCCUCCUCCCCAUUCCUGCGCCUGGCGUGCGCCACCGCUUCCUCCCCCUCCACCCGCCGCCGCCGUUGCCUCGACGCCCCGCUCAGGGCGCUCUCGGCGGGGUCACGCCUCGCCGCCGGAUGGGGCGCCCCGCGGACUCGCCGCGUCAUCGCCACCUUCGCCGGAGAGGAAUCUGUGGGCUCAGAAUCGGGUGAUGACAAGGAAAAAGGGAAGGGUGAGAUGAAGCCUGAGGAAGCUCAAGAAGUGUGGAAGGAGAUGCUUAAGCAGUUCAAGGAUGAGGCGCAGCGAAUGCACGGCCUGACAUUGCAGGCGUAUGGUGUCUACUCCCAGAGGGCAAGGGAGGUGCUAUUAGAGGCCUCAGAGAAGCUGAAGAUCCACGCAGACAAAGCACAGAAGGAUCUCAGCGUGAUUGCCACAGAGGUUGGUGAGGAGGGACAGGAGUAUCUAAAACUCGCGGCUCAAAACUCGCCAGACUCAAUUAAGGAUAUUAUCGAGACAUUCAAUUCUCUUGGCAAGUUGAAGAUAUCAGAGUAUGAGGAUUAUCACGUGGGCAUUCCCUUUGGUACCUUUCUUACCGUAGGAGGUUUCCUGAACUUCAUGCUUACUGGGAGGACAUCUGCAAUUCGUUUUGGUAUUAUUCUUGGCUUUGCGCUGUUAGCUAUGGGCAUCUCAAGUUUGAGAUCUCAAAGAGCAGGUGGCCGUCGUCCUCGUCUUCUGCUGAAAGGACAAGCUGCAAUUGCAAGUGUCAUCUUCUUCAGGGAAUUAUUAAUUUUCUUCCACUAUGGGUGGUUUCCAAAUAUUUUCGUGGUCCUUCUCAGUGGGGCGGUGACAGCCUUUUACACUCAUCGUAUUAUGACUGGUGGUCACAAAGGUCCAAGCUCCGAGAGUACUGCAGAGAACUAAUGGUUACACAUCACCCUGGAUGAAUCAGAUGAUCACAGGAACUUGGGUUUGAAGAUUGACUGGCCCAUUUGCUUUCCGUUUCCAUCCCCAUCAAACUCAAGCAACCCUAGUUUGUCUUUAGUCCCCAAGUGGCUGUGGACUUUGACGGUUGGGUUCAGAAGACGACUUGCAUGCAUACUCGUCCUCGCAGUUGCGCUCCUUUGUUCUCCCCAUGUAAUAUACACAUUCGCCUCGAACAACAAUAAGAAAUUGACCUCCAAAGGUCAUAGAUGUACCUAGCUGUUUUCUGUUUCUUCUGUUUAUUUGAUGCAACGUUGUUGUGCUCUAAGCUUGUGAUAUUCAACAACAUCCAGUGAAAUCCAGCAAAACCAGUAUUCGUUUCAGCUUGUUGCUAUUGGUGGUUAAACUAACCAUCUGAUCCUUAACCCUGUACCAAGCAUGAUAUUGCAAUUGAGUGUCACUACUAUUACCAUUAUUA